GAGAGAGAGAGAGGAGAGAGCAGAGAGAGGAGGAGAGACGCGAAGGCAGAGAGAGAGAGCCGCCGAGUUGGAGUGGCUGGUGGUGCUUGGUUCGCGGUGGCCGUGGUGGUGGUGGUGGUGGUGAAGGGGGGAGGCGAACCAAGGCGCCGCGAAGCCGGAGGGCCGAGUUCGAUUCCAGCUCGCUGGCGAUUGUUUGAAACGCGGGGUCGACUGCUUCCAGAAAGAAAACGAGUACCAUGCGCGGUGCGUGAACAUCGCCACCGGGGAGACAAAGGCGGCCGGGCGGUGGUGCUGGCCACGCGCCCAAGCACCUCGCGCGCCGUUCCGACCUUCAUCGGGCGCGACUCGCUCGCAGCACUUGCCCAAACGGUCCGUCGCAGGCUACACGGGGGAUCUUUGUCUUUGUGGUGGCAGUGGCGGAGGCGAAGGGGUGAUGGUUACGGCUCGCGACCACCACCGCCUCUCUCGUGCGUGCGCGUGAGGAGUAGGCGAACCACCAUCAUCAUCAGCAUCAUCAUGCCUGUAAUGAAGGGGCUGUUGGCUCCACAGAACACUUUCCUUGAUACGAUCGCCACAAGAUUCGAUGGCACCCACAGCAACUUCGUGCUGGGCAACGCGCAGGUUCCGCGCGAGUACCCCAUCGUGUACUGCUCGGACGGAUUCUGCGAGCUCAGUGGCUUUUCGCGCACCGAGGUGAUGCAGCGUGGAUGCGCGUGCCGCUUCCUGCACGGGCCACAGACGGCCGAGUACGCCGCGGGCCUCAUCCAGAAGGGGUUGGUGGAGCAGCGAGAGACCAAGGCCGAGAUGCUCUUCUACAAGAAGGACGGGUCGACGUUCUGGUGUCUGCUCGACAUCGUCCCCAUCAAGAAUGAGAAACGGGAGGUGGUGCUCUUCCUCGCGUCCUUCAAGGACAUCACGGAGGCCAAACUUCUGGCCGUGCCAGGGGAGAGGCCCCAUCCCGAAGACGCUAGCCGACGGAAGAAGCGCCGGGCGGUUCGCCCGGCGUUCAUGUCAAGCCGGCGUAGGAGCCGCGCCGUGCUCUACCACCUGUCGGGCCACCUGCAGAACAAGGAGAGCAAGGGCAAGCUGAAGAUCAACAACAGGGUGCUACGCGAGCAGCUGGUCUUGCCGGAGUACAAGGUGGCGACGGUGCAGAAGUCCAGAUUCAUCCUGCUUCACUAUGCCACCUUCAAGGCCGGCUGGGACUGGCUGACCCUGCUGGCGACCUUCUACGUGGCCCUCACCGUGCCCUACAACGUCUGCUUCGUGGGCAAGGAGGACAAGCCCGUGCCGUCGCGCAUCACCAUCGUCAGCGACAUCGCCGUCGAGUUCCUCUUCAUCACGGACAUCAUCCUGAAUUUUCGCACCACGUUCGUCAGCAAGUCUGGCCAAGUGGUGUACGACUCACGGCUCAUCUGCAUGCACUACUCCACCACGUGGUUCUUCAUCGACCUCAUCGCAGCCCUGCCCUUCGACCUCCUCUUCGCGCUCAACAUCACCGUGACGUCGCUGGUGCACCUGCUGAAGACGGUGCGUCUGCUGCGGCUGCUGCGUCUCCGCCAGAAGCUGGAGCGCUACUCGCAGUACAGCGCCGUCGUGCUGGCAAUGCUCAUGUGCACGUUCGCCCUGCUCGCCCACUGGAUGGCCUGCGUGUGGUUCGUCAUCGGACGCAAGGAGAUGGCCGCCAACGACCCGGAGACUUGGGACAUCGGUUGGCUGCACGAACUGGGCAAGCGGCUGGACCGUCCGUACUACGCGAACAACACCCGCGGAGGACCCAACCUACGCAGCGCGUACAUCGCGUCACUCUACUUCGCGCUGAGCAGCCUCACCAGCGUCGGCUUCGGCAACGUGUCGGCCAACACGGACGCCGAGAAGAUCUUCUCCAUAUGCGCCAUGCUCACCGGGGCCCUGAUGCACGCCGUGGUGUUCGGAAACGUGACGGCCAUAAUCCAGAGGAUGUACUCUCGCUGGUCCCUCUACCACACCAAGACCAAGGACCUCAAGGACUUCAUCCGCAUCCACCGACUGCCCAAGCAGCUCAAGCAGCGCAUGCUCGAGUACUUCCAGACCACGUGGGCCCUCAACAACGGCAUCGACACGCACGAGCUGCUGCGCUACUUCCCGGAGGAGCUGCAGGCCGACGUGGCGCUGCACCUCAACAAGGAGAUGCUGCGACUGCCCCUCUUCCAGUCGGCGUCGCGCGGGUGCCUGCGCUCACUCUCGCUGCGCGUCAAGCCAUCGUUCUGCGUGCCCGGAGAGGUGCUGCUCCGGCAAGGCGACGCUCUUCAGGCUCUUUACUUUGUGUGCUCGGGCUCCAUGGAGGUGCUCAAGGACGGCACGGUGCUCGCCAUCCUCGGGAAGGGAGACCUCAUCGGCUCGGACCUGACCGUCAUUGAUGAGGUGGUGAAGACCAACGCCGACGUGAAGGCCCUCACGUACUGCGCCCUGCAGUGCAUCGGCCUGCGAGGCCUCUACAACGUCCUGUCGCUCUACCCCGAGUAUGCGUGCCACUUCCUCAGGGACCUUCAGAACGACCUCACCUACAACCUGCGGCUGGGACACUUCCACCCGCACAACGAUGACCGGGGCGCCUCGAUGCACGCGAAGCUGCCCUCCAUCGUGGAGGACGAGGAGGAGGAUCUGGACGACGCGGAACUCUCCCUGCUCACACCGGACUCGUCUUUCUCCAGGGAGAAGACCCUGAACGGUCAAUCGUCGGCCUCCCUCCAGGUGCCGCCGACGUUCCCCGGCCCGCUGAGCUACGGCCGACCUCCCGUCGCCUCGCCGCCCCUCCGCUCGCACGUCUGGGGCUCCCGCCAUCCGCCCGCCGCGGGCGACGGCGUUGCCCCCACUCCUCAUUCUCCGACGCCGCGGACGCUCCGGCCGCCCUCCGACCCCCAGACGGAACCGGCCCAGGCCGGCUGCUCCGGCCCGCGCUGGGACGCGCGACGCCCGUCGCUCGAGCAGCCCUUCGCGCCGGCGCGGGAGCCCACGGGCGGCGGCGGCGGCAGCGGCGACGCGUGGCUUUGCCAGAAGCGGAGCCCGUGCCUCCUGGAGCCGACGCGCCAGUGGCCUCCGCACGGGGCGCAGCAGCAGCAGCUGAUGCCAGGCGGUUACCUCGGCGAUGCCGAAGCGUGGAGGAAGCCGUGCCACCUGCAGAUCCCCGUGCCGACGUCGCCGGCGCUCUCCGAUCUCAGCCCACGAUUCGUGGACGGGAUUGAGGACGACGGCUCCGAGUCGACAGGGGUCAAGUUUGAGUUCAACCUGCAGCUCGCCGGGACCCAGAGCAGCCCGGUCAAGUCCCACGUGCAAGAAGGCGCGCUGGUGUUCCCGGGCUGUCCAUCCAGUGACUCGACAGAAUGCGACAACCGCCAGAACAUCUGCAAGCUCAACCAGGAGAUGUCCACGCUGACUCGGGAAGUCUCUCAGCUGAGCCAGGACCUGCGCAGCGUCAUGCUGCUCCUCAAGAUGUUCCUGCCGGCCCAGCCCAAACCCGCGGCGGGCGCUGAACCGGGCAGCUCGUGUCUCGCGCAGGCGCCGGCGCCGCCCGGCGACGAUCGUUUCGGGGCGCGGCCCCCCGCCUUCGCCGCGUGCGACGACGCGGGCGGCACGCCCGCCGACGGCCGCUCCGCGGGGCCCGGCGCGAGGCCUCCCGCCGGUUCGACGGCGGCGGCCGCGGCGGCGGCGGCGGCGGCGGCGGCGGCAUCCCGCGCGACGAACAAUCCCGCGGCGCGCCGCUGCGGCCGCGCCCGGACGUGCUUCUGCAGAGGCGGGCGCGACGCGAGCCUCCUCAACUCCAAUUUCAACUGCCUGCCGUGCAACCGCGGGCCGAGCGGCGACGCCCGGCCCGCGGUCGGCCGCGGCCGGGCCGAGCCGCCCGUCGGUUUCCACGACGACGACGCCGCCGCCGCCGCGAGCCCCGACCCCCGCGGCCCGAGGGGAUUCAUUCCGGAGGCGGCGCCGGACGCGCGGGGUUCCGCUGCGGGGGACGGCGGGUGGCACGAUCUGGCCGAGAGGGGGGCGGUCGGGUGUCGCGGUGCCGAGCGCGUCGCGAUGGAGCGGGCGCGUCCGCCGGGGACGCGCCGCGCCGACGACGCCGGCGCCGGCGGCCCCGCGCCGUCUCGCGGGGCCGACGUUCCGGAGCUCAUGGCCCUCGAGCUGCUCAGGACGUCGGCGGCGAACGCCUACCACGGCGGCACGGAGCUUGUCGAUAACAAAGUGUAG